AGUGUAGAAAAAUAUCAUAAAAUCGACGAGAAUCAUGUGACCUCCAUCAGGUGCACGUACGUCUUUUUUCAUUUAUUGUUGUAACACAUACCAAUUUUUCUCAUCUUUUCACCAACUAUAUAAAUACAUAUAUAUCACUUGCACUUAGAUUAUUCAUCCUUCAUCACACAACACACGUAGUACUGUCUCCUGUUUUCAUCUUUAGAAGAUUCUCUUUAAAACAUCUGCUUUAUCCAGAUUUAAUCUUGUUGAGACAAAAAUAAAAUAAAACAUGAAGAAGUUUCUCCGCACGUUAGUGUUUGCCCUCGUCCUAGUCUUCGCCGCGUGUUCUUUGGUCGUUAACUGCAUUCGCACGCCGCCACUAAAAACUGCGGUCAAUGGCGGAGAGAAUAAAAACUCCGAGAUGGGACGAACUCAAACCCACCACAAGGAAAUAAAGGAAAAAAGAGGGGUAGAGAUGGAAAUGUAUCCUACAGGAUCGAGUUUACCUGAUUGUUCCUACGCAUGUGGUGCAUGCUCGCCGUGUAAACGCGUGAUGAUUAGCUUUCAGUGCUCCGUCGCCGAAUCAUGCAGCGUCAUCUACAGAUGCACGUGCCGAGGAAGAUACUAUCACGUGCCAUCUAGGGCUUGAAUCUUUACCGUUUAUCUACUUUUUCUUGUGUGUGUGGCAACCGGCAAAUAUCAGUUUUGGCGGGUGGCGGCAAAACUAUCUACAAUGUUUUUGUACAAUUUUGUUGGAAAUUUUAAUUACGCUAUGAGCCCUCCUACAACUAAUAUUGGGCUUUCUAAGGCUUCUUCAAUGCGCGUCAUGACACGACCGAAUCAGAUGCUUGAAGCAAAGUCAAAUGUUUCGGCCAUUUUUUUUAAUAACUGCAAGAUGAUUUUUUUUUCCUCGCAUCAAGUAGCAACCUGUAAACUUUUUUUUUACCAUAUGAAGAGUUUUAGAACUUUUUGUCUUCUUUAGUUAAUCUGAUUUGCAUUAGUGAAUCAGAGCUGAAUGCUUAAGUACAGUAAAAGCAAUCACUAGAUUUUUGUU